AUGUAAUAAAAUUCUUCUUUUGAUGAGAAUGUUUAAAUGGAAAUUGAAAAUUAAGUAGAGUAGAGAGUUGAAUCAUAAGAAUUAGCUGAAAAUUAGAGAUUCAAUGAAUUUCAAACACCUCCAAAGUAAGAUCAUUCUUAACUUGAAAAUGAAAUCAAUAAUUGUUAAGAAUCGCCUCAUUUUACCUGCUAGCUUAAAAAAAAUAGAUAGCCAACAGACGAAAAAUACAAUUCUGAAAACGAAGAUGGCACAUUCUAAAAGAAGGAUGAAUUUCAAAUAAAUAUGCAUUUAUUGAAUAAUUUAAUAAUUCAAGCAUAGGAGAGAUUACAAAAUUAAUCUCAGUUAUCAUUGUGUACAAUUGAUUUAAGUUUAUGCAAUGAAACAUAUAGUGAAAUUAAACAAUAGUUAUUUGAAAUUGAAAAAGUUUAUCGAAGUAAAGACGAUGAACUUUCAUAAUUAAAUAUCUAAUUGGAAAAGGAAUUCAAUGCUUGUAAGAAUCAGAAGAAUUUGGAUCAAACUACAAACUCAUAAUUAAAUUAAUCUUUUGAUAUAAUUAAAAGAUAUUAAUAACUUUAAGAGAUCAAGAAAAACAAGCUUAUAAAAUUUAAGAAAAACUAUCGUGAAAAAUAUAAUCAAUUAAGAAAAGAACUUCAAGAUUUGAAAAGCAUAGUUGAAUAAAUGUUUUCUAAAAACCCAUUCUUCUUAGAAGAAGAAGAAUAAAUUUCAGAAUUCUGUAAGGUUUUUAAUUAAAGAUAUAAAUUCAUAGAGGAAAUUUCAUUUAUGGACAAUAGUAAUUCGGUAUUGGAUGACUAAAAAUAAGAAUCUCCUUAAUUAAAAGAGGAUGAAAAUUUAGAUUCAUUUAUUUUAACUUUAAUGAAAUAAUUCAAUAUAAAUUAAGGAGAUGUUGAUUAAAUUAAAUCAUAGAUUGUUGAAUGUGUAAAAAACCAGAAAGAACUUAUCGAGCAAUAAAAACUUUAAUUAGAAAUAAUUCAGACAAACUAAAACUUAAGUGCAAAUCAAUAAAUACAUAAAUUAAAAACCAAAAAAGAUGAAUUAGAGAAUGAAUUAAUUUAGUUAAAUUAACUAAAGGAAUCUCAGCAAAAAGCUUUGGAUUAAACAAGGAAAGAAGUAUAGGAACUAAAAUAAUAGCUAGAAUUGACAUAGAAGAUUGAUUACGUCUUUCUAAACUCUAAGUUAUUUUAAUUUGAAUCGACCUAAAUGAAGUAACAAUAGAAACUAGUCUAAAUUACAUAGAUAAUAUUCUAGCAACUGAUGUAAUCUACAGCCUUUAAGUCAUAAAUAAAAGAAGUUUUAAACGAGUAAACUUAGUAUUUGAACUCAUAUUGUUGUAAAGCUAAUGAAAUUAUUAACAAAUAAAGUUGGUAAUAGGAUGAGGAUCCAUUGAAAUAUUUGAAUUACCAUCAAUAGACGAUUUCAAAAAUGGUUGAUACAAUUUGUAUAGAAUACUCUAAAAUGAUAAAAUAGAUAUAAUAAUAAAGAGAAGAAUUGAUGUCUUAGUUAUGA